AUGCUGACCCCUUUGACCGCCGAAGAAAAGAGAUUGCAGAAUCCAAAGUAUAGAAAUUGGGGAUGUUUCACUGCUGAAAGACAAUGGUCGACUGUCAGAGAGGACUACUCAGUGGAUGGAGAUGCUUGGUCUGAUUUUUCCUUUGAGCAUUCCAAGUCAAGGACCUAUAGAUGGGGAGAAGACGGAAUUGCAGGUAUCAGUGACUCAUAUCAAUUGAUCAACAUCACAAUGGCUUUGUGGAAUGGUAAAGAUCCUUUUUUGAAGGAGAAAUUGUACGGUGUCACCAACUCUCAGGGAAAUCAUGGUGAAGAUGUUAAGGAGUCUUAUUUUUAUUUGGAUAAUACUCCAUCUCAUUCUUACAUGAAAUACUUGUACAAGUAUCCCCAGAAUGAAUUUCCUUACAAGCAAUUAGUUGAAGAGAAUGGGAAGAGAUCAAGAUUAGAGAGAGAAUUUGAACUUUCUGAUACUGGUGUCUUCGACAACAACGAGUAUUUUGACGUGGUGAUUGAACUGGCUAAGGAUGAUGAUCCCGACGGUGAUGAAAUUUUGGUUAGAGUUACUGCCUAUAAUAGAAGCGAUAAAGCUGCCCCAUUACAUAUUUUGCCCCAUUUGACUUUGAGAAACACUUGGUCUUGGGGGAACACAGAGAAAGCAAAGCCUAGUUUGAGGCAAAUCGACGACUUUACCAUUGAAGUUGAUCACCACGAUUUUGGUAAAAGAUUCCUUUCAUUUGCCCCAUCACCCGGAUUUUCUGAAAAUGAAGAAGAUAUAGAACCAGUUCUCCUUUUCACGGAGAACGAAACAAACAUGAAAGCGUUAUACGAUCAACCCAAUACUGCCAAGUACGUUAAGGAUGCUUUUCAUGAAUUAGUGGUUGAUGACAAGGAAGGAGUAGUCAAUCCAGAAAAUAAGGGUACUAAGGCUUGUGCUUGGUUCAAGUUUAACUCGGUGCCUGCUGGUGACUAUGUUACUUUAAGGUACAAAUUGAGCAAGAAAUUAGAAGACAUUGAUGAGUUUGAAUUUGACAACGUUUUCAGUAAGAGACAGGACGAAGCUGAUGCAUUUUACUGGAAGAUCAGUCCUUUACCAAUGUCUGAUGAAUUGAGACAAGUUCAAAGACAAGCUUUUGCUGGAUUGUUGUGGACUAAACAGUUUUACCAUUUUGUUCACGAUUACUGGUCAAGAGGUGAUCCUACGACUCCCAAGCCUCCUCCAAACAGAGCCAACGGGAGAAACAAGGACUGGAGGCAUUUGUACAUUAACGACAUUCUUUCGUUGCCUGACAAAUGGGAGUAUCCAUUCUUCGCUGCUUGGGAUACUGCUUUCCACUGUAUCCCUUUUGCAAUGAUUGAUCCAGACUUUGCUAAGAAGCAAUUGGAUUUAUUGACCAGAGAGUGGUAUAUGCAUCCUAAUGGUCAAAUCCCUGCUUAUGAAUGGAAUUUCAGUGAUGUUAAUCCACCAGUUCAUGCCUGGGCAGCUUUUAGAAUUUACAAGAUUGAAAGAAAGAUGUAUGGACGUGAAGAUGUUGAUUUUUUAGAAACCCUUUUCCAAAAAUUGUUGAUCAACUUCACUUGGUGGGUUAAUAGAAAGGAUAAGGAUGGGAAUAACGUUUUUGAAGGAGGAUUCUUGGGAUUGGAUAAUAUCGGUAUUUUCAAUAGAUCUGAACCUUUGCCUACGGGAGGUAACUUGGAACAAGCUGAUUCCACUGGUUGGAUGGCUUUUUUUUCCUUGCAAAUGUUGAAUAUUGCAUUGGAAUUAGCUAAAACCAAACCCAUCUAUGAAAAUAUUGCUUCUAAAUUCUUUGAGCACUUCAUUUUGAUUGCAGAUGCCAUGACUUAUCGGGCUGAUGAUGAAGAGGUUUCCUUGUGGCACGACGAAGACAAGUUUUAUUACGAUGCUAUCACGUAUGGAGGAUCUAACUCUCAGUUGUUACCCGUGAGAUCAUUAGUUGGAUUAAUUCCCUUGUAUGCCUCGUUAACUUUAGAACCCGAACUAUUGGACAAGUUUCCAAGUUUCAAGAAACGGUUAAAUUGGUUUAUUAAUCAUAGAAAGAAAGUGGCAGAAAGAAACAUAGCUUCAAUGGAGACUAGAGGUGUUGGAGAAAGAUUACUUUUAGCCUUGGUAGAUAAAGAAAGAUUAGUAAACAUCUUAGAAAGGAUGUUGGAUGAAGACGAGUUCCUUUCGAAUUUUGGAAUUAGAUCAUUGUCUAAGUAUCACGAAAAGCAUCCAUUUGAAAUGAAUGUCAAUGGAGAAGUCUACAAGGUUGAAUACUUAUCCGGUGAAAGUGACAGUGGAAUGUUUGGAGGAAACUCCAACUGGAGAGGCCCUAUUUGGUUCCCUGUCAAUUUCUUAUUGGUUGAAGCCUUGCAAAGAUUUUACUUGUACUACGGACCAGAUUUGAAGGUUGAAUGCCCAAAGGGAUCUGGUGACUACUUAAAUUUAGCUCAAUGUGCCCAAGAGAUUCAGUUCCGGAUGAUUAACUUAUUCAUGCCCGAUCAAGAUGGUAAUAGACCAUGUAACGGAGACUGUGAUUUGUUGAACAAGGAUCCAUUAUUCAAGGACUGUGUGCCAUUUUUUGAAUACUUUGAUGGAGAUACGGGUAGAGGUUUAGGAGCUUCACACCAAUGUGGAUGGACUGCAUUGAUUGCCAAAUGGAUUCAUGAUAACGGAACUGGGUAUAAAACUCCAAGAACUCCAAGAUCAGUUGGUACCCCAAGAAGACAGUCUAUUUAUAAUGAGAUGGCUUGUGACAAUUUGGACAACGAAAACAAAUCCGAAAAACAUGAACCCCCAAGGACCAUGGACGAUUUGGAUUCGAAUAAUAUCGAACAGUACUUCCCCAAGUCUGGUCCUUUCCCUGGUAAAUUGUUGAGAAGAAGGUCCGGAAAGUCUUUAUUAAACUUGACAAUGCACUCUUUGGACUUGGAUGAAGAUGAAGAAAAGACCAAGGCCAGAUUACUUAGAACCAAGUCAAUCUUGAAUUACAACGAAAUGGUGCAAAAUGAAAUGUCCUCAUUGACUCCCACACGUUCUGCAGCUUCUGCCCAGUCUGGCAGCUCUAUUCCAAAUUCUGCCAUUGACGACAAUUAUCUCAAUAGUAUCAAGUCUGCCUACCACCAGUAUCAAAACCGUGGCGACGAUUAUGAUGCUGAUGAAUUUGAAGCCAGACACUAA